ACCAGAAAUUCAAGUCCUUGAUCACAUCCAUUGUACUACAUAUUCGAUUAAUAACUUUAUACAACAUCAAAUGGCACCAAAAGGGAUUGUAGCAAUUAGCCUAGUCUUAGCCACGGUGACCAUAUUUUCAGCAGGAGGAGCCGUGGCUCAAUCCAAUUGCAACAAUGUGAUUAUCACCAUGUCUUCAUGCCUUAACUAUGUCACCGGACAAUCCCCAACACCACCGCCUUCAUGCUGCUCUGCACUUGCUAACGGUGUUCAAACCAAUCCUCGAUGCCUUUGCGCCGUGAUCGGUGGUGGCUCUCGAUUUGGAUUUACCAUUAAUUCCACACUUGCUCUUUCACUUCCUGAUGCCUGCAAAGUGCAAACUCCCCCUGUAAGCAGAUGCAAUGCUGCUAAUGGACCGGCCAUGUCUCCCGUGGGUUCUCCAGAGACUUCACCAGGACCAGCUGGAUCUGCCGAUGGAACACCAGAUUCCACAACCGACCCGUCUGUCACAGGAUCUAAAGCAACACCAGGCAGUUCUUCCAGUGGAAGCGUUGCACAGAUGCACCUUCAACUCGUUGGCUUCCUCCUGCUCUUGGUUUCAUCAUAUGUUUCCAAAUUUAGCUGCUUCUAAUGAAGUCUGAUUACAAGUAAAAUUAAAGAUGGGGAGUGAUACUUAUAUAAGAUGCCUAGCUAAAUAAAUCCAGCCAUUUUGUAGUUUAUACUCGAGAUGGUUAUUGCGUGUAAUUGUGUAACAUCGAUAGAUAGAGUGCCUGUUUGUUCUGUUUACCAUUUCCACUAUAAUUUUGUGUUGGGUUGAAACUAAUUACUACACUAUAUUUAAACA